AGACGUCAAUCAUCCCGUUCCAACUUUUCUCCUCCGCCGCCGCCAACCUUCCGUCUUGUUUCCUGCAAACGCCUCCAACCCGGCCUCUUUUGGGCCCUGUCUCUCGUUGCUGUGGGAGGCAUGGUUGUCAGUCUCUAAAUCCUCUCACGUCCUCGUCUCCUUUCUCUUCUGUCUGUCCCAGACUCCCAUCUGUAGCCCCCUCGCGCCUUUCGCUACGACAUCAUGGGAGCGUGGCUCCCCUCCUUGCUGUGGAUCGACGCCAUCUCCCUGCUCUGCGUCUUCGUCCCAGCCCUCUUUGCCUCUUCGACCGCUGCACAGAGUGUCACUCUGCUGCCUUCCGCCGCCUCCGACACCUUCCCCGCCUGUGCUCUCACUUGCCAGACCCUUGAGCAGGCUCAGGGUUCCUGUGUACCACCAGCAGCUCCAGUGACGAACAAGGCGACCUACGUCUCUUGCUUCUGCCAGUCCACCCUUCUCACGCAAUUGCGCUCAUCUCCCGCUAGUGUCUGUACUGCUUGCUCGGCCGCCGAUGCCCAGACAUUGGAGCAAUGGUAUAAUAAUUUCUGUGCUACGGGAGGAGACGUCCAGACGACCACGACUUCCACCUCGACCACUGCCACCAAUGCUGCUGCUACAACAACCGCUGCGACUCAUGUGAAGAGUUAUCCCAGCCCUCCGUCAUGGAUCUCGACCCAUUACCAGUGGGUUAUCAUGAUUAUCGUCCUGGCCGUGGGACUCACGGCAAUCGCCCUUGCUGGCAUGUGGCUCAAGCGCCGUUACGACGCGAAGCGCCCCGGACUCUACCAUGGAGAUACCUCAACUGCAGACGGCACAGCACCUCCACCCAAUGCCGAAGGCGUCGCUGGCGUUCCCUACCCGAAAUCGGAGGUAUGGGGUCCGCCGCAAACCCGUAGCGUUGACUUCGUCAAUAUGGACUCAGCAGUCGCAUUAGCGGGUUCAAAAUCGGAGUUCUCUGGGACCAGCACGCCUGAUACGCGUAACGGUCCGAAUUCGAGUAGAAACAGCCGGCUGUCCACGCGGUUACACAAAGUUGCCGGUCCCUCGCAGGAAGGAGACAUCGAUAUCCAUGAGGUCUGAAAUGGUCUUUGAUAUCAUUUUCUUUCUUUCGCGCUCUCAGUUGCGCUGUGCCAUCUAAUGUUCAUGCAUCGCAUGUUGGAUUCCCAUCAUUUUUGCAGCGGAUCUGCAUCUUAUAAUUGUCUUGCAUUUUCUAUUUAUCUUUUUGGAUGUGGUCUCU